CACUUUCGAUGCCCAGCGGUACCCAUAGCAGCUAGUGAUGAGCGGCGCGCUGUGGGAGCACAGGAUCAAACUGCGGGGCCCGCGACGCGCAGGGGGGAGGGGGAGGACGAGUACUCCCUGCGUCCCCCAGGGGGGGGGCGGCGGAACCUCACCGACCGCUCCCAGCUACUUCGUGGGCAUCGCCUUCUUGACUAUCGGUGGUCGAGGAAGGGUCUCUCGUCGAGUGCAUGUUUCUGUACCUUGUGGCCAGCGUGCUGAUGGUACUGUUCGUAUGGCUUGUAAUUCAGUGCUGGGUGGCGAGUUGCUACCCACCUGUGCAGCCGCUUGGUGAUUGUCCCUGCCGCAGCUGGCCAGACGUGUCUGUGUUGCAGAGGGCAUGGAGGAGGACAUCUCGACAGUGGCCGGCGAGACGGUCUUCGAGUCGGUGGUUCGCUUCGAAUGCCAGAGCAGUCUCAGGCGCCCCGUCUGCCGUCGUUGGGUGCCUGGCCGUUGGGGCCCUCUCGGCUCUGGCGAACGGGGGAGGGCGUCCCCUCGGCCCGUCCGCGGCGUCGGCCCUAAGGGCGUAGCUCCUGUUUGGUGCUUGGGCCGUGGGGCUCCGCCAGGUGCUGCGCUGAGGGGUGCAGCCUUAAGCCCCAUUUAAAUGUAGCCACGGGCUAACCAAGGUGGGUGGUCGUCGCUCACGUUUUGCCGUCAUGGACUGGGCCUUCCGUGUCGUGUUCGUGGAGAUGGCUGUUCUAUGCGGGCAUGGGAAGCCCGUGUCAAACAUGUACUGGGACUUCCAGGCGAGGGUCGUGGAGGUGCUGUGUCUGCCGGGCAUGGGAGGCCCAGAGUCUUCAGGCAUGUCUGGCCCUUCGAUGGCCUGCUCGCCGCGGCUUUUUGCCGAUGGCGGGCUUGGCACCCCCUGUGCUGUUGUUCUGUGCUGGGUCUUCUCGCCUGUGCUCGUGGAGGUGCUCUUUUUUCUGUGGGCAUGGGAAGCCCAGUCUCACUCAACAUGUACCGGGUCUUCGGCGUUGUGCUCGUGGAGGUGGUUAGUUCUGCGGGCAUGGGAAGCCCAGUUCAUCAAACAUGUGCUGGGUCUUCGGCCUGGUGCCCGAGGAGGUGGUCUGUCUCUUGGGCAUGGAGGAGCUCUUCAUGGAGGAGCUCAAACAUGGAGGAGCUCUUCAUGGACGAGUCGCUGGGCUGAGCUGCGCCCGCCGCCGCUGCGGCGCGGGAGCUGAACAUGAACUGGCGGCGUCCGAGUGCCCCCGCACUCGGCCGCCCACGAUGGAAAUCUGGAA